AUGAAAGGAAAAGAGAUUUGUAAAAGUUUUUGGAUUUCGAAUAGACCAUCACAGGUGAGAAAUUGAGAAGUGUUUUUUUCGGCGUGAAAAAUUGAUAAUUCAUUUCAAAAAUUUCGAAAGUUAAAAAAAACUGAAAGAAGUACGGUAUUUAAAGGAACACGCGGAAAUUUGUGUGAGUAAACCGUACCGUUUUUCAAGGAAUUUUAUUCUAAUUUUCGUUUUCAGGAUUGUUCCUCAUCAUCCCUGCAAAAUAUCCCACAACUUUUGCCAAAUGUACUUUCGCUAACUCUCUCCAAUAAUUCACUCAUUCGAAUUUUCCACUUCCCGCGCGAAUAUUCUCGUCUUCAAUCGAUACGUUUAGAUCAAUGUAAAAUCGAGAAAAUCGAUUAUGAGGUAAGUAGUUUUAAUUUUUUGUUUUCUGAAGAAAAUCUCUCAAAAAUCGUUUUUCAGGCUUUGUCAACAUUUGAGCAAUUACGAGAGUUGGAUUUAUCACAAAAUCGACUUUCGAAAUUGAUUAUUCCACGAAAUUUGGCGACUUUGCGAGUUCUCAAUUUGGCAUUCAAUUCAUUUACGUAAGAGUUUUCCAGUUUUUUUUUCAAAAAAAAAGAAAAAGAGCCAAAAAUUAGGCAGCUCGAAAAACUCUGGAAUCCCACGCUUGAGCGCCUUCAAUUAUUUAUUAUGCGGGUUUUUUUCUGAAGAGUUAGAUAGUUCUUUGUUAGUUUUUUCAGGGGGAUGAAUUUUUGAGUAGUCCAAAAAUGUUUCAAAAGAAAAUUGAUGAUGAAUAAAUAAUUGCAGAUAUGUCCCGGAUAUGUCACAUCUAAAUGAUUUGCAAUUGGUCGAUUUAUCACAUAAUCAAAUAAUUUCGGUUCGCCCAAGAAUGUUGCCUUUUAAUUUGGAAGUUAUUCGAAUGUCGGCAAAUCGAUUCACACAUUUGACACCUUGGCCAUUUUUGAAUAAACUUCAGGUAUUAUUUACAAGGCGAAUUUAGAAUCAAAUACAUUUUUGUCUAGAAAUUCACUAUAUAUUAUUCAUUCAUUCACUCAUUCUCAAAAAAAAGAGCGAAAUUCAAUCGUCUCAAAUUUCCAAAAGAUUUUUGGCACGCACUUUUGCUUCCAGAUGUUGUUUUGUUUAUUUAUUUAUUUAUCUCACUUACUACAUCAUUUUUGGAUAAGAAGAGGAGCAAAUUAAAAAUCCCUAGAGUAUAUUUAUUUAUUUAUUUAAUUAAUUGAUGGUUUUGGGAAGAGAGAGAGAGUCAAAAAAAGGUUUUUUUGUGAAUUGAGAGGAGGAGAUAUUUAAUUUUGAAUUUGUUUGAAUGGAACGGGAAAAAUAGAGAAUAGAAUGGCAUGGGAGAAGGAUUAAUGAGAAAAUCGAGUGGAAAAUGAAUUUAAUGUGACAAUAUAUUAUAUAGAUAGAUAUUUAUUUGAAUUUUACUAUGAGAAGUGGGGUUUAGGGGAAAAAGUUUUGAAAGUUUGAAAGUUUUUAAUUUUAAAAACCACUUGAAAUGUUUUUUUCAGGAACUUGAUGUAUCUUUCAAUUCCCUCCAAUGCGAUUGCUCAUUAUAUAAUUUCGUAAAUUGGGCUGAAACCCUUUCACUUUUCGAUAUUUCCCAACUUCCUUGUCGUCAACCAAGUGAACUUCGAAAAAAGUCCGAUCGACGGAAAAACUGUUUGUGGUCCGAUUGUCACUUCAAAUUCACCAUCUCGUACCGUAGUCUCAUUAAAGGAUCAUCACACAAUGUGUUGUCAAGCUUUCGCAACACCAUCUCCUCAAUUAUAUUGGCAAUUGAAUGGCAAAAAUAUAUCGAAUGUUAGUUUUUGAUUUUUUUUCACAAGAAAAGUAUGAAUUUGAAAAAAAAAACAAAAAAUGUUCAGGGGUUAUCUCAAAAACAUCUGUCCGAUUCUGGCCAAGUUGAAUUCUGUUUCGAGAUUCGGGAGAUUGGUUUGAAAGAUUUGGGAACUUAUAAAUGUUUGGCGAGUUUGGCAGGAAUCAAUUCAUCUGUGGAAUUUCAUUUGGAACGCGAUAAAAUUCCGAUUGUUUUGAAUUCAGCCGAAGGAAUUAUGAUUUAUUGUCAAUUUACGAUUUGCACUUUCAUUGGGGUGGGUUACUGUAGUCAAUAUUGGCCCCAAAAUUUACUUUCAACACUUUUUUCCAGGUUUGUUGCAUAAUUUCCUGCUGUGUUUUACGAACUGGCGGAAAACCGAAAAAACCACGUCAAUAUUUAUCAGCAAAAAUUCUCGAAGUCCCUCAAGAAUCGUGUGAAUUUUGUGAAGAGAAUACAACAAACUCCUCUUCCAAUUCCACCGAUUUCAAAAAUAAUUUGGAUUUCGAUUCGGAUUGGAAAAAUGAUCGAGGUGGAACUGUUGCUGUUCGACAUUAUUUGGAAUUUCGGAGAAUGGAAAAAGAGAGGCAGGAAAAACAUAUGAAUAUACCAUUUUUACCGCAUUUUGAUCAUGAACAUCUUUGUCGACUGUCGAAAAUUGCACCAUUGGCUGAAAAUGAAAAUGAGCAAGAUGAAGACGAAGGAGAACAACAUGCUUUUAUUUCUCAUCUGUGA